AGCACCUAGACCCUGUCCUUCCCGGUCACCUCUGAGCUAACUCGAUACUUGCGGACUUGGUGAAUUUGAGGAGGAUGUUGGUUGUUUUUGUGGUGGGGCUGCUGGCCUCUGCUGGAUUCUGCCAUGCGGCUUCCCCUGAUUGUGCAGCAGAGCUUGGUCUGGAAGAUGGCCGUAUCAAGAGUCACCAGCUGAGUGCAAGCUCGAUGAGUCCAGGUGCUGACAUCGAUGAUGUCAGGUUCGACUGCUGUAAAGGAGACUACCCAGGUGGUUUCUGCCUCCAAAAAGAAGACAACCCUUGGUUCCAGGUCGACUUCGGCACGAUGACAGCCGUGUCGGGAAUCAAACUUCAGCUGACCGACUCCAAAGAAAGCUUCGUCAAGUCGUUCCACUUUCAAUACCUCAGACACGACAAGGACGAGUUUCUCUAUUUCAACAAUGGCAACGUGCAAUAUAAAUUUGAAGGGAGCGCCAAUUCGACUGUCCUCACCUCCAAGACCCGGUUCACGCCCAUUGUUACCCGUAAGAUCCGUAUCCUGCCCCUGGAGUACCGGAACAGGCCGUGCUUCCGGAUGGAGCUCCUCGGCUGUGACACCAAAGUUCUCUGUCCGAAAGAUUGCCAGAACGGCGGGACAUGUGUUGCCAAAAAUUCCUGUGCCUGUCCACAGAAGUUCUCGGGAAAGUAUUGCGAAAAGGCUGUUACGAUCGACCCGAUCCGUUGUAACUAUCCCCUCGGCCUAGAGAGCGGCUACAUCAAGGACAAUCAGAUCACAGCCUCCAGUAAUGCACCUGGAAGUUCACCAGCAUAUGUCAGACUCAACUGCUGUGAUAACAAGGGUACCAGAGGUUGGUGCCCCAAACCGUCAGUUGCCGGUCGGGGACAGUACGUGGAAGUACGGCUUGGCAAGUCCACAGCCGUGACCAAGGUUGCCAUGCAGCACCCGGCCAAGGUUGGCGACGCCCUUCCAGACAAAUACUUGACGAUUUAUGCCAUUAAGUAUCCAAUUGAGGGAAAGAUGGACUAUUACAGAUAUCGGGGACAACCAGCGACUCUGAAAGCUGCAGCGAAUGCAACCCUAAGCAUGGCUACUCGACUGCCCACCCCGUUCAUCGCCAAUAAGCUCCAGAUUUAUGCGUUAGCUUUCGAGGGCUCGCCGUGCUUUAGGAUGGAGUUGUACGGAUGUGAUCCAAAAGGUUGUGCCCCAGAGGGCUGCCAGAACGGUGGAUGGUGCGAGGACUACAGCUGUCGAUGCACCCAAGGUUUCGCUGGGAGGAGAUGCGAGAUUGGAAGGGGGUCGGUCAUUACUCACGAUGUCACAUUCAUCGCGGCCAAGGGCGACACCAUCGAGACCAAGAACGGGACGUUCCCGACCCACGGCGGUGCAGCCAUCCUCAAACCAGGCAAGAAGGGAAAGUCUUUGUCCCUGAGGAGUAGCCUGUGGUACGUGGAUCUUGGGGACCAGGAUAGUCACUGUUACGCCAACCCUGAACGAUGUGAAUAUGGUUUAUCCAUCUCGGUGUAUCUCAGGUUUCUGAACUUUAAGGAUCAAACGUAUAUCAUAUCCAACGGAGGACACAUGGACGAUUCCUAUGGUGUCGCUUUCUUCUACGAGAAGGAUCAAGUCCAUUUCAGAGUCAGCACUUACACCAAGCGAUAUCUUGUCUCCUAUGGUGAUCUUAAGAAAGGGGAAUGGUACUUGUUUGAGCUGAGUUGGAAGAAGGAAGGCGAAAUCACGAUGACUGUCAACAAAAAGCACAAGGAGGUCUCAACAAAGUCACAGACGAGGAAGGGGAACCUUCACAAGAAUAACCUUCUGAUUGGUGCGUCGCCAUCGCAAGUGAGAGGUGCUGCCAAGCGCCGUCGUAGGGAAAUCGUCGAGACUACUAUUGACGUUGAAGGCGCCGACUUUUGGGAUCUAGAUUUUGGGAUUUUGGAGGAGUUGGAAAUCGUGAAGGAAUACCCCACGAUGACAACGGAACCAGUCAUCAAAGCCGAAGUCAGCAAUGAUGGCCGCGAUGUUCUAUUCCGAUGCAUGCUUCCAAAAGUCGAGGAGAGAAAUGUGAAUUUCUUCGUCGAGUGGCUGUCGAAGGGCGAGGUCAUUCAUAAAGAGAUGGUCAACGAUGACAAUGAGUUUGCCGAGUUGGACGAACCAGAUUACAUGGGCCACAUUGAUGCCAAGAAUGGUUUGACGUGUCGUGUGAGCUCCUGUUUCGCCACCACAUGCCAAGACGAGAAGAGCCCGGCAAAAGUCAGCGCGGAAUAUAAACCAGAAAUAAAGAUCGUGACCGCAGGACCCCUGGAGGUGCACGAAGGUGGCGCCGCUGCCAUCUUGGAAUUGGAGUUGACACUGCCCCCGCGCUUCUACUGCGACUGUGACCUCUCCCAGAAGUGUGACCUGAAGAUCAUCGCCACCAUUCCGCCGAAGAAAGAUCUGACGUGUCCUUCUGGCAAGACCAUGCCACAAGCAGUCGUCGGGUACCCUGGAACAAAAGUCGAAGAGGCAUUCUGCGGUACGAUGGUGUCUUCAACCAACUGGGAUGAAACGAUCACAAUCCCGAUCAAGGCAAAAGUCGACAAUAAAUACGACAAGGACCAAACGCGCCAGAUCAUCUUGGAGGCUGUCUGCGUCGUCGAUGGGAAUGUGAAGGAGGUCGUUACGUCGACGCAGAUUACCGUCAAUGUGAAGGAUAAGGAUUGUUCAGGCAUCUGCAAGUCGCUGAAUGAUCCGCAUAUGACUACAUUCGAUGGCAGCUAUUACAAUAACUAUGAUACCGGGGAGUUCAUCCUCUACAAGCACAGGCAGUUGCCUUACAUGAUCACAGGCUAUUACAGGAAAUGUGGCGGUGGCUACCCGUCUUGUAAUUGUGGAGCCGCGGCCAAGAUUGGAGAUGACGUCAUUCUGCUUGAUCGGUGCGGCCCUAAGCCGGACCCAAACAGACGGCAUCUGACCGUGACUGUGUUUAAAAAUGGCGAGCUGACUCCUGGGACCAAGAUCUUGAGGUUGGACGGCGGGGCAAAAUAUGAAGUUAUAUUCCCCCAUGGGACAGUCUUGACCGUUCAGAACAGCUACCAACAGUUUGUGAACAUCUGGGUCAAACCGGCCGUGGGAGAUUUCGGACAAACUGAUGGACUUUGUGGUACAUUCAACAAGAAGAGGGACGAUGAUGGGAGAGACAAGACUGGAAAGAUACAUCGCCUCACCGGUCAACCACACAAUUUCUUCAAGACAUGGAAAGUCAUUGGUAAUGAAUCACUCUACCAAGGUGUCUGCCCCAAGCGCGAGAAUGAUAUCGACUCGGUGAAUAUCUACUGCGAGUGCUCGACUCGUCUCCAGAAUAGAUGUGGAUUCAACUAUGACACCAUUGCAUGUCCUGGGGAGCAAUGUCCUCCAAAAGGUAAAGAUAUCACUGAUGAGGUCGCGGACGUCGGUAAGAUUCCAUCGUGGUGUAAGACGGAAAAACCUGACGUCGACAAUGAAUUUGAGUUCAACGAAACUUGGAUACCCAUUGAGCCAGAGUGGCCAACAGUAUCUGGUAAAACUGAGAAGGAAGCCAAGGAGUUUUGUACCAAGUUCAUCAAAACUUCGGUGGCCGGCGUAAAGUGCAAGGAUCUCGAGAUUGAUAUUGCUAAACUUGUGGAAGGUUGUAUAGCUGAUAUCAAGCUGACUGACAGCAAAGAUUGGGCCAAGGCGGCCCUAGACUCCUUGAAGUUGGAAUGCCUGAACGAAAUCGAUAAAGAGAUUGACAAGUGGGUGCCGGGCGAUGGUGGAAUCUUGAUCCCGCCGACGGAGAUCACGGACGUUCUUUGUGACAACGACUGCACGGGGAGAGGAAAGUGCCAAAAAGGUGUUUGUAUCUGCGACCAGGAUUACCAUGGCAGCGACUGUUCGAUCAAGAUUACCACACCUCCCGUUGUCAUUGGUAUCGUGGACGGUGGCCUCUGUCCCAUUGGGAAAAUAUGCAAGGGCAUUGUGAUCAUUGGCGAGAAGUUCUUAGAAGUCGAUACUCUCGUGUGUACAGUACAGAAGGUUGAGGUGACAGCCACCGGCCAGAAGAAUAUCGGCGAUCCCGUUGUCGUGAAAGGCAAAUACAUCAAUGGCGAACUCGUGGAAUGUCCCAAUCCAUUUGAUGGGAUAAGUGUGGUGAUCACGGUCAGUAACAAUGGCCACAUCCAGAGCGGGAAGGUGUUGGUCAUCUGCUACGACCCACAAUGCCAGACUUGCGACUGGAAGAAGGGAACAUGUAUAAUCAGAGCCAAUAAGUGUCUCAUCAAUGGCCAGUGUUACUCGUCGGGUGAAAUACAUCCUAAUGACAAGCUAAAGAUGUGUAUACCUAACAAGUCGCAAAUAAAGUGGUCGGUAAAUCCAGAUUGCAUAUUGACGGAAAUGCCUUCACCUGAUGCUCCAGCUGAAGACAAUUGCGGUGUAAUGGCAGAUGUUGUAUUCAUGAUCGACUUCUCGCCGAGCGUUGGGCGCGCCAAGCUGGCACAGGCGAAGAGGGCAAUCAACUUCGUCCUUGACCAACUUGACCUUGACGAGAGCAACAUCAGGAUCGCCCUUGGGGGUUUUGGAGAACAUGUGGAGACUGGUUUCAAUCUGAAUGCUUUCACCGACCGGAAGUGGCUGAAGAAAUCUGUGGACAAUUACCAAUACAUCGGUCCCGGCGGAACAAAUCUUUUAAAACUCCUCCAGAAAUUACGGACAGAUUUCUUCCUAAGGGAACACGGAAGUCGUCGAGAGGCACCAGAUGUCGCUAUUGUUUUCACUGACGGAACUCAGACGGCUGAUCAAGUUCAGCUGCUGAUGGAGACGGAGAAAGCACACGCGGCGGGCAUUUGGGUUCUGGUGGUGAAUCUUGGUACGGAUAUUAUGAGUCCGGAUCUCCACGCAAUCGCGUCGCCUCCUACAAAGAAGUACGUUUUUAACAUCGGCGACUUCAAGUUGUUGCAGACGCUGGCAAAGCUGCUUGUGAGGAGGGUGUGCGAAGUUGGAAGACCCCUCUGCAAAACUAGAACAUGGUUCGAAGACAAAAACAAAAUCAUCAAGGGUCUCGACGCAAGGCUUGAACAGCAUGUAACAUCUAUUAUGAAAUGUCGCGAUAUGUGCGACAGUGAAGACAAAUUCGUCUGCAAAUCUGUGGAAUACGACCACGGACAUGAACUGUGCCGGUUGUCAAAAUACAAUGUGUCUAUGAUAUAUGAUACGUUUUUCAUCAAAGACAAGCAGUUUAGUUACUAUGAUUGGGAGUGCAGCGCAGAUGAGAAAAAAGACGAACCAGCUUGCGUUUUCCCCUUCAAAAGACAGAACAAGCUCCAUGAUCAUUGCCUGACGGAGUGGAGCCAAGGGUAUAACUGGUGUGCCACCACCUCCGACUAUGAUAAGGACAAGAAAUGGAAGAAAUGUUAUGAACCGUGCGUGUUCCCAUUCCGCCACAACAAGGAAUGGAAGAACGGCUGUAUCAGGCAAGGAAACGAAUACCUAUGGUGUAGCGUUACCAGUGAUUACGAUCGAGACAAGCGCUGGAAAAAAUGCUAGAGACGUUUAACAAAGACGUUUGGCUUAUAUCAAAUAGUGUUUGGACACUGAUUGUGCAUUGCUGCAUAUUGUGUAUAGAGGGCAAUAGUGGUACCCAUAUUAUAAUUUCCAUUGAGUGACUAUAUAUUGUUCCCCCAGUUAUAUUACACGGCUUAACGGAAUUCCUUUAUGGCCUAAUGGUUAGUGCUCUUUGUCUCCAUAGCUAGAAGUAAAACUACGUUGAGCACGGUCAUCGAUCGGAUGGGUCACCAGCAUAUAUGAUACAGUGACCUUGCAAAUUUCUGGGUGGAUAUCACUCUCAUUUUUGUUACACAGCUGGUCAACUUUCUUCUUUGGGUCACCAAUUUCCCAUGCGUCCGUCCUUCAUUAUUUUAUGAAUAAAUUAGUAACAUUUGCCUGUAAGU